AUGCUCCCCUCGGAGGCCGAGAAUUCUCCGUCAGACUUGGCAAAACUCGUGCAGUCUAAGCAGACCAAGCAGGCGCGCGUGUGCGGCGGAGCAGACCACCGGCUGCUGCGAUCCCUGGCCAACACCGGAGCGGAGGUCAUGGUCACCGUCCCCAACUCGCGGCUGCACCACAUGGCGGAGUUCAAGGAGGAGGCCCAGCUCUGGGUCGCCGCCAACGUGGCGCCGUUCCUUCCGGCGACCAUGAUCACGCACGUCCUGGCGGGAGACGACGUCCUGUCAAGCUCUCCCGGGGCCGCCUACUCGCUGGUCCCCGCCAUGCUGAACCUCCACGCCGCGCUCGCCGCCGCCCGCCUCGACGGCCGCGUCAGGGUGUCCACCGCGCUGUCGUCGGUCCCGCUCGCCCCGUCCUGGCACGCCGGCGUCGCGGGGCACCUCCUGCGGUUCCUCAGCGACACCGGCUCGCCGCUCUUCCUCAAGCAGGCCCGCGCACGGGAGGCCGCCGCCGACGACGACGCGUACGCCGCGAUGCGGGCGCUCGGCUUCUCGGGCGUCCCGCUGAUCGCCGCGGAGCCCGAGGGGCUCGGCGGCGCGGUGGUGUACCGCGGCCACUUGCGUCAUGCUGCCGGUGGGGGCGGCGGGAGGCGGUCGCUGGCGGCGGGGACGUUCUGCGUGGCGCUGCAGAACGCGGACCCGGCGGCGCUGCAGGCGGGGCUGAGCUGGGCGUGCGGGCAGGGCCAGGCCGACUGCUCGGCGAUCCAGCCCGGCGGGGCCUGCUACAGGCAGAACAACCUGGCGGCGCUGGCCUCCUACGCCUACAACGACUACUACCAGAAGGGCGCCAGCACCGGCGCCACCUGCUCCUUCAACGGCACCGCCACCACCACCGCCACCGACCCCAGUAAGCAUGCAGUCUGGCACAGCUUCUUCCAUCUCCUGUACCGCCAUGGAUGUAUGUUCUCUGAUUCUUUCAUGGUGAUCGCUCCUUGCAGGCUCGGGAUCGUGCGUCUUCGCGGGAAGCACCAUGGCAGGGGGCUCCAACUCGAGCGUGCCGAGCGCCAGCCCUCCGACGAGCCUCGCGCCUCCGGUCGGCUCCAGCCCUCCGUCCGACUUCGGGCCCCCUCCGACCGGCUUCGGCCCUCCCGCGGGUGGCUUCGGUCCGCCGUCUGGGUUCGGCCCACCGUCUGGCUUCGGUCCCCCGUCGGCGUUCGGCCCGCCGGGGAGCUUCAACGGGAGCGGGACCUUCGGGCCGAGCGGCACCCUCGAGCCUUACGGCACCGGAUGCCGCCACGUCGCCUCUUUGGCCGCCUCCACUCUCCUGUCCGCCAUUGUUCUUGCCGUCCUCGUCGCGUCGCCCGAUCUGAUGUAAAUUAUGUGAGUGUGUAUUUGAAUUAG